CACUUGCUCUCUCAUGGCUUCUGCUACCCAUACGCUUCUGCUUCUUCUUCUACUUCUUCUUCUUCUUCUUCUUCUUCUUCUUGUUCUUCUUCCGCUUGCCACACUGGCCCAAGCUCAAGGCCACAUAGGCUUGGGCUCAUCUCUCACCGCAGAUGAUCGGAACUCAUCAUGGAAGUCACCCUCGGGAGACUUCGCCUUUGGCUUCAAGAGGAUUGGAAAUGGGGUCUUCCUAUUGGCCAUAUGGUUCAAUAAGAUACCUGAAAAAACAAUUAUAUGGUCAGCGAACAGGGAUAAUUCAGCUCCUCAAGGGUCCAAGGUUGAGUUGACCCGGGAAGGACAUUUAGUACUCAAUUAUCCGGGAGUGGGAGAGAUUUGGGCCCAGCCAGCGACAAGUACGAGAGCUUCCUAUGCUUUUAUGCUAGACACUGGAAACUUUGUCCUAGCGAAUGGAGCAGGCUCCAACUUGUGGGAGUCCUUCGGUGAACCUACUGAUACCAUCGUGCCAACUCAGGUAUUAAAUCAUGGGACUGAAGUCAUCUCCCGGUAUUCCGCCAUGAACUACUCGCGCGGGAGAUUCCGGCUCCUCUUGCAGCUCGAUGGGAAUCUCUGUAUGCACACUCGUCCGUUCUAUGAUUGGGCCUACUGGUAUUCAGCCACUGUUGGAACUGGAUAUCAGGUGAUUUUUAACCAAACCAGUCAGAUCUAUCUCGCGGCAAGGAAUGGUUCUUUGGCGUACGACAUAAUGUCUGGCACGUUCUCGAGCAUGGAUUUAUACCAGAGAGCGGUCCUUGAGUAUGAUGGAGUGUUCAGGCAGUAUGUUUACCCGAGAAACGCAAGCUUGCGUUUGGAAUGGCCCAGGGGCUGGACCCUAGUUCCUUCCCCUAUCCCAUUGAACAUCUGCACGAAUAUGAGUCAAUCUAUUGGCCCAGGGGUAUGUGGGUGGAACAGCUACUGCAUCCUCGGAGACGACCAGAGGCCGAGAUGCAAAUGCCCUCCUGGAUACAGCUAUAUUGAUCCAUCAAACCGGAUGAAUGGAUGCAAGUCGGACUUCCUACCUGAGAGUUGCGAUGAAGGUACAGCGGAAACAGAUUUGUUCACAUUGCAGGACAUGCCAAAUGCCAACUGGGGGCUAUCCGAUUACGAGCGUUAUGAAAAACAGGAUGAGAACUUCUGCAGGCAGGUUUGUUUGAGUGAUUGCUUAUGCAAUGUUGCGAUAUUUAAAGAGGGCAACUGCUGGAAGAAGAGGAUGCCUUUCUCCAAUGGAGUGGUAGAUCCCACUGUUGGAGGAAAAGCCCUCAUCAAGGUGAGGAUCGAUAACUCUACUUCAAAAAUUGGUUGCCCAAAGAAGAAAGGUAACGGGCCAUUGAUUAUCAUCGGAUCAGCCAUUCUUAGCAGCUCUGCAGUAUUAAACCUGAUCCUACUUCUCUUAACUUCUCUGAUUUGGUUUCGAUACUUUCACGGGAAAAAUGCUAGAACUUUGCGACUGUACCCGGUAAAGCGGUUCUCUAGAAUGCAGAGCUUUACGCACAAGGAUCUCACAGAAGCCACUGGUGGGUUCAAUGAGGAGCUGGGCCGGGGAGCUUAUGGGUCGGUAUAUAAGGGAGUUCUCGCAUCUAAUGAGAGAAGGGUCAUCGUGGUAAAAGUGUUGGAAAAGAUAACUCCAAAUGGUGAUAGAGAGUUCAAGACCGAAGUGGACACAAUUGGACGGACCAAUCACAGGAACCUAGUUGAACUUAUUGGGUUCUGCAACGAUGGGAAAAACCGCCUUUUGGUGUAUGAGUUCAUGCCUAAUGGUUCACUAGCUAACUUUAUGUUUGGAGGUUUGAGGCCGAGCUGGUUCAAGAGAAUCGAGAUUGCCUGCGGGGUCGCAAGGGGCCUCUUGUACCUCCAUGAGGAGUGCAGCAAGCAGAUCAUCCAUUGUGACAUAAAGCCACAGAAUAUCCUCCUUGAUGAGUCUCUCACGGCAAAGAUUUCCGAUUUUGGGUUAGCGAAGCUUUUCAAGAAUGACCAAACACAAACUGUGACUGCGGUCAGGGGAACAAAAGGAUACCUAGCUCCAGAAUGGUUCAGAAACAUGCCGAUUUCUGUUAAAGUGGAUGUUUACAGCUUUGGGAUUGUGCUGUUGGAGCUGAUUUGCUGCAGGAAAAAUUGUGAGUUUGAAUUGAAUGACGAGGCUCAGAUGAUACUCUCUGACUGGGUUUACAAUUGCUACCAUGAAGAUAAGCUCGACUUAAUUGCAGAGGGAGAUAAGGAGACGCUUGGAGACAUGAGUAGAGUGCGAAGAUUCGUGAUGAUAGCAAUGUGGUGCAUCCAGGAAGAACCAUCUAUGAGGCCGUCUAUGAAGAAAGUCACUCAAAUGCUCGAAGGAGCGGUUGAGGUCUCCAUUCCGCCGGGACUAUUCUCGUUUAUCAGUUCAAUCCAAUAAAUCUCUGCACAAUUGUGAUUGUAUUCGGUGUUCUAAUAUUAGGUUUUCCUGUGUUUCUGAUAUCAAAUCCGAACAUCAUAUCUUGAUAUCUGUAAUAUGAUGCAUACGAUUGAAGUAAA